AUGUCAACACCACAACAACAAGCAUUUCCCACCAAGCUAUCAAAAAAUAAAAGCACCCACCUCGACCCCAAUGAAGAUACGAACCCGAUACAGUGGGCUGAUGUCGUACGGACAAAGGCGAGGGGAUCCGAAACAAGUUGGGGCCUUGAAUGGUACCGCUCUUUCUGGAAACCAUGUACGGAGUUUUCCACCCCUUUGUGUUGGGAAGAUUAG